AGGUGGCCAGCUGUUUCUAUUUUUACCACUUCAUUCUCCAUUCAGUUUGCUUAGCGAGUUAGGGGGGAAAAAAGCUACGAGGUUUUCUUGGAUCAUCCGACGAACUCGAGUGAUUGAUUGAUUUACCCAAGUCUGUUAUUGUAGUGAUUUACCCGAGGUUUUUUGUUUUCGUUUUCGUUCUUGCGAGGGGUGGGUGAGAGAUUACAGGGGGGAUUUUCUCCGACUUGGAAGGAGCAGAGAAAGAUUUGCGUUUAGAAGAUCUGAGGUCAGGUUACUCCACUAAUUUCUACCACGAAACAGAGUAGAGUAGGAUUUGACAUCGGAAGGGGAAACAAAAAUGGCAAUUGGACAGGCGAAGACGAAGAGCUCUCUCUCCACGAGCUUGAGCUUCUCUUGCAGCAGCACGAGGAUCCUGGGGAGGAAGAGGGUCGCCGUCUCGCCGGCUCCGCCCCCCUCCGGCGGCCCGCACUCGCCGGUGCGGACUCUCCGCAAGCAGCGGAGCACCAGGCUCCACAUGGACGACGCCGUCAGCCUGCUCGAAUCACUGCCUCAAGAUGUCUUGAUUAAGGUCUUGUGCAAGGUGAACCACAGUGACCUGAGGCCGCUGCUCCUAGUGUCAAAACAAGUUAGCGAAGCAACGGUGGUUGCGAGAGAGCAGCAUUUCGCGUUUGCGACGCCAUCCUCGAAGGCCGCCUUGAGAGGCGGCGAGGAGGAAGAAGAAGCUCCCGGGGCGCCCAAGCUGCAACGCAGGGUUGCGAGGUCGUCGCCCGUCUGGGGCAAGAACCUUGCCAGCAUCAGCGUCAACCUGUUCGAGGCGUUCGAAUCGGAGGUUGUAGAGAUGUAAAUAUUAUUACAGGACACGCGCUUCAGUUUCAGCAAUUCAGCUUAUACUUUGCUCGUGUAUAUUUUCAUCCUUUUAGUGUUCUUAGUGUUAGGUUAUAAAAUGUUAGGAGUGCAUUUUGUAGCUCACGUCAAACAGAGGAGAAAAAAAACUUAGGUAGUGAUACUGUUAUUAAUCUCAUACUAGUAGCAUGUGUUAGGAGUAGCUAUAAAUGGUCGUUCUUCAAUGCUGUGAUUGAAGAGAACACGACGCCUUGUGUAAUAAGUUUCAUAUAAGCAUCGAAUGCAUGAAUUAUCAGGAGAUCUCUCUUCUUUUUUAUGUGUAACAUAUGCUGUUUGUGUAUGAUAUCUGUGUACUAGCA